AUGAGGGCGGGAGAGACUCUCCGUAGUUAUGCCAGCCGAUAUUGGGAGCUAUACAACGAGAUAAGCGGGGAUAACGAAAGGGUCGCGGCAAGCACAUUUAGGAUGGGGUUGCCCGAGGAUUCCGGGCUACGAGAGUCGUUAACCAAGAAGACGCCCGAAGGCAUGCGGCAGCUUAUGAGACGCAUCGAGGAAUACAAACGAUUAGAGGAUGACCGGCUGCAGAGCAAAGGCAAAGCGCCGAUGAUGAAUUGUCCCCAACAGACAGGUUUCCCGUUCUGGCCUCGUGGGGGUCUGGCGAUUCAAGAGCUGGCCGCACAGAUGGGAGAAGUGAGCGUGACAUUUAAGGAACCGGCACACAGGAUUCUUGACCGGAUCAAACACAAGCCGUAUUUUCGAUGGCCGAACAAGAUGGGAGGGGACCCAUCCAGAAGGAAUCAGAAUCUGUACUGCACUUAUCACCGAGACAAGGGUCACACCAUUGAACAGUGCCGGGUAUUAAAAGAUCACCUCGGGCAGCUAGUCAAGGUCGAGCACUUAAAGGAUUUCGUGCUAGAUUCGGGGGACAGAGUCGUAGGGCAAGAUACCCGGCAAAGGGGAAACCCUCUCCCACCCCCUGUGGGGGUAAUUGAAAUAAUCCAUGUUGCACUGGAGAAGCUCAUUGUAGGAAGGAGGAAAGGAGUGUUGACAGUGGUACCGGUAGAAGGUAACCUGGGUCUACAGUCACCGGGUAAGAAGAUGAAGUUUGCACGGGAGCCCGUUUCGUUUGACGAUGACAAUUUGGAAGGGACGAUUCAGCCACAUGAUGAUGCAUUAGUGGUCACAGUCCGGAUAAGCGGCUUCUUAGUAAAAAGGGUGAUGAUAGACCAGGGAAGUGGGGCCGAUGUGAUGUACCCUGAUAUGUUCAAGGGACUCGGUCUAAAGAAGGAAGACCUUACGAAGCACACUUCACCCUUGGUUGGAUUCGAUGGCAAAGUAGUGAUUCCUGAGGUGCAAAUCUCUCUUCCCAUGAUUAUGGGAGGGAAAGAGGUAUAUGUGACGUUCACAAUAGUAAGUUCAUUUUCCCCGUAUAUUGCCAUCCUAGGAAGACCAUGGAUCCAUUCAAUGAGGGUCGUCCCAUCAACACUACAUGUAAAGAUUAAAUUUCCAACCGAGCGAGGUGUCAUUGUAAUAAAAGGAGACCAGCAAGCGGCCAGACAGUGUCUUACUGCCGUAGUGAACUGGAAGCGAGGGAAUCAGGUCAGUCAUGAAGAAAUCACCAGACAACUGGUAGGAGACGAGGAGACUGGGCCGUCCGAACAAGGGCGUGUUGAACAAGAAGAUACGUCCUGGAAAGACCCAUUAUAG